AUGCCCGACGUAUCAGGAGCUAACGGCACCAAUGGCCGAACGGUGCCAGUUGCUAAUGGCAAGGCCAGCUACGCCGAGAAGCACAAUAUCGCAGACCACUUCAUUGGAGGAAGCAGACUGGAAAAUGCGGCACCCAGUAAGGUCAAGGACUUUGUUGCUCAACAUGACGGACACACAGUCAUCACCAACGUUUUGAUUGCCAACAACGGUAUCGCUGCCGUCAAAGAGAUCCGAUCUGUGCGAAAAUGGGCAUACGAAACGUUUGGCGAUGAGAGAGCAAUUCACUUUACCGUGAUGGCUACUCCCGAAGAUUUACAGGCCAAUGCCGACUAUAUUCGAAUGGCUGACCAUUACGUCGAAGUUCCUGGCGGCACCAAUAACCACAAUUACGCAAACGUUGAGCUGAUUGUGGAUAUUGCUGAGCGUAUGAACGUCCACGCUGUUUGGGCUGGCUGGGGUCACGCUUCCGAAAAUCCCAAACUGCCAGAAUCUCUGGCUGCCUCACCAAACAAGAUUGUCUUCAUUGGUCCUCCUGGAUCCGCCAUGCGAUCACUUGGUGACAAGAUCUCGUCCACAAUUGUAGCUCAACACGCCGCUGUACCUUGCAUUCCCUGGUCUGGAACCGGUGUCGACGCUGUUGAAGUUGACAAGAAGGGUAUCGUCACUGUUGCGGACGAUGUCUAUGCCAAGGGUUGCGUGACCUCCUGGCAAGAGGGCUUGGAAAAGGCCAAAGAAAUCGGCUUCCCCGUCAUGAUCAAGGCCUCAGAAGGUGGCGGUGGUAAGGGUAUUCGUAAGGCUUUGAGCGAGGAUGGCUUUGAGGCUCUCUACAAGGCCGCUGCCAGCGAAAUUCCCGGCUCCCCCAUCUUCAUCAUGAAAUUGGCUGGCAAUGCCAGACAUUUGGAAGUUCAGCUGCUUGCUGAUCAAUACGGCAACAACAUCUCUCUCUUCGGCAGAGAUUGCUCUGUUCAGCGACGACACCAAAAGAUUAUUGAGGAAGCCCCUGUCACCAUUGCCAAGUCGGACACCUUCAAGGCCAUGGAGGAUGCUGCUGUCCGUUUGGGUAAAUUGGUCGGCUACGUUUCUGCUGGUACUGUGGAAUAUCUGUACUCGCACGCCGACGACAAGUUUUACUUCCUCGAGCUGAACCCACGUCUCCAGGUCGAGCAUCCCACUACUGAAAUGGUCAGCGGUGUUAACUUGCCCGCUGCCCAGCUUCAGAUUGCCAUGGGUCUGCCUUUGCAUCGCAUUCGCGAUAUCCGAGUCUUGUACGGCGUCGAUCCCAGAACCUCGGGUGAGAUUGAUUUUGAGUUCAAAAACGAGGGUACCGCCCAAGCUCAACGUCGCCCUACGCCCACCGGCCACACCACUGCUUGCCGUAUCACCUCCGAGGAUCCUGGUGAGGGCUUCAAGCCUUCCAAUGGUGUGAUGCACGAGUUGAACUUUCGAAGUAGCUCAAAUGUCUGGGGCUACUUCUCUGUCGGUACUCAGGGUGGUAUUCACAGCUACUCCGACAGUCAGUUUGGCCACAUUUUCGCCUAUGGCGAGAACCGACAGGCGUCCCGUAAACAUAUGGUUGUCGCCCUGAAAGAACUGAGCAUUCGCGGUGACUUCAAGACUACUGUCGAGUAUCUCAUCAAAUUGCUGGAAACCGAGGCUUUCGAAGACAACACCAUCUCCACUGGCUGGCUCGACGAGCUCAUUUCCAAGCGUCUCACCGCUGAGCGACCAGACACCAUGUUGGCUGUCGUUUGCGGCGCCAUUACCAAGGCUCACAUUGCUAGUGAAGCCUGCAUGGCCGAAUACCGCGGUGGCCUGGAGAAGGGCCAGGUUCCCUCCAAGGAAAUUCUCAAAACCGUUUUCAACAUUGACUUCAUUUACGAGGGUUUCCGAUACAAGUUCACUGCUACCCGAGCCAGCGCCGACAGCUACCACCUCUUCAUUAACGGCUCCAAGUGCACUGUAGGAGUCCGAGCUCUCAGUGACGGUGGUUUGCUGAUCCUCCUCGACGGACACAGCCACAAUGUCUACUGGAAGGAGGAAGUUGGCGCCACUCGUUUAUCCGUUGACAGCAAGACCUGCUUGCUCGAGCAGGAGAACGAUCCCACCCAGCUGCGAACUCCUAGUCCCGGCAAGCUGGUUCAAUAUGCCGUGGAGAACGGUGCACAUGUCAAGGCUGGCCAGACCUACGCUGAAGUCGAGGUCAUGAAGAUGUACAUGCCUCUUGUUGCCCAAGAGGAUGGCAUUGUACAGCUCAUCAAGCAGCCAGGUGCCACCCUCGAAGCCGGUGACAUUCUUGGUAUCCUUGCCCUGGAUGACCCCAGCCGUGUGAAGCAGGCUCAGGCUUUUGUUGACAAGCUGCCUCCCUAUGGCGACCCAGUCGUUGUCGGUUCCAAACCCGCCCAGCGCUUCUCUGUACUCCGUUCCAUUAUGCUCAAUAUCUUGAACGGAUAUGACAACUCUGUCGUCAUGGCCGCGGCUCUGAAGGAGCUUAUUGAGGUCCUUCGAAAUCCUGAUCUUCCUUACAGCGAAUGGAAUGCUCAAUUCUCAGCUCUCCACGCCCGCAUGCCCCAGAAGCUUGAUUCGCAGUUCGCUCAGAUUGUUGAGCGAUCCAAGGCUCGCCACUCCGAGUUUCCAGCCAAGGCUUUGCAGAAGGCAUUCCAGAAGUUCCUUGAAGAGGGUCUACCCGCCAACGAUGCCGAGACAUUGAAGAAUACGCUUGCUCCUCUCACUGAAGUUCUCGAUGCCUAUGUUGAGGGCUCCAAGGUCCACGAGCUUAACUUCAUCCAGUCAUUGAUUGAGGCCUAUGUCGAUGUGGAGAAACUGUUCCUUGGCCACUCUCAGGAGGACAGCGUUAUUCUUCGUCUGCGUGACCAAAACAAGGACAACCUCGCCAAGGUUGUUCAGACUGUUCUUUCUCACAGCCGCGUCGGCGCCAAGAGUUCUCUCAUCCUUGCUAUUCUUGACGAAUAUCGCCCCAACAAGCCCAACGUUGGCAACAUCGGCAAAUAUCUCCGUGACCCUCUGCGCAAGCUGACGGAACUUUCCUCCCGUCCCACGUCCAAGGUCUCGCUCAAGGCACGUGAGAUUAUGAUCCAGUGCUCUCUACCUUCUUUGGAAGAACGUACCGCUCAGAUGGAGCACAUUUUGCGAUCCUCCGUCAUUGAGUCUCGAUAUGGAGAAAGCGGAUGGGAUCACCGUGAGCCCAACCUGGACGUGAUCAAGGAAGUUGUCGACUCGAAAUACACCGUCUUUGACGUUCUGCCCCUCUUCUUUGGCCACGAGGAUCCUUGGGUCGGACUGGCUGCAUUGGAAGUUUACGUCCGCCGAGCUUACCGUGCUUAUAUUCUCAAGAAGAUUGACUACCACAACGACGAGACUGACUCGCCGCAAUUUGUCUCUUGGGAUUUCCAGCUGCGAAAGAUUGGUCAGUCUGAGUUUGGUCUGCCUCUUCAGUCUGCCGCUCCAUCAACUCCCGGAACCCCUGGAGUUCACGACGCCAAUGUCAAGCGCAUCUACUCUAUUAGCGACAUGUCGUACCUGACCAGCAAGUGGGAAGAAGAGCCUACUCGCAAGGGUAUCAUUGUUCCUUGCAAGUACUUGGAUGAUGCGGAUGAGCUCCUCCAGAAGGCUCUUGAGACUUUGGCUUUCCACAACAAGCAGAACCGCCAGCACAAUGCUACAGCCAUCCUCAAUGACCUCAGCGGCAAGCGAAAGCCUUUCAACGCCGUUCAGAGAGAUGCCAAGACCGAGGACGAGCUGUCUGCUGUCAUCAACGUUGCUGUCCGUGACGCAGAGAGCAAUGAUGACAAGGAGCUUAUGGCUCGCAUCAAGCCUAUCGUCGAGCAGUUCCGAAGCGAGUUGUUGGUUCGUGGCGUGCGCCGCCUGACAUUCAUCUGCGGCCAUGGGGACGGCUCUUAUCCUGGAUACUUCACCUUCCGUGGCCCCGAGUACUUGGAGGACGAUAGCAUUCGUCACAGUGAGCCUUCUCUUGCUUUCCAGCUUGAGCUGGCACGCCUUGCCAAAUUCCACAUCAAACCCGUGUUCACCGAAAACAAGAACAUUCACGUUUACGAGGCUGUUGGCAAGGCUGUUGACACCGACAAGCGAUACUUCACCCGUGCUGUCAUCCGACCUGGUCGUCUCCGCGACGAGAUUCCCACCGCCGAGUACCUCAUCUCUGAGGCUGACCGCGUCAUCAACGAUAUCUUUGACGCCCUUGAGAUUAUCGGCAACAAUUCUUCCGAUCUUAACCACAUCUUCAUGAACUUUACUCCUGUGUUCCAGUUGGACCCCAAGGCUGUGGAGCAGAGUCUCCAAGGCUUCCUGGACCGUUUCGGCGCUCGAGGUUGGCGAUUGCGUGUCGCUCAGGUGGAAAUCCGUAUUAUUUGCACCGAUCCAUCAACCAGCACCCCUUACCCGCUCCGUGUUGUUAUCACCAACACAUCCGGAUAUGUCGUGGACGUCGACAUGUAUGCCGAGCGGAAGUCAGAGAAGGGCGAGUGGGUGUUCCACAGCAUCGGUGGCACUAGCGAGAAGGGAUCUAUGCACUUGCUCCCUGUCACCACUCCAUACGCAACGAAGAAUGCCCUCCAGCCCAAGCGAUACAAGGCUCACCUCAUGGGAACUCAGUACGUCUAUGACUUCCCCGAGCUCUUCCGCCAAGCUAUCCAGAACAGCUGGGCCAGGGCUGUAAAGGACCAGCCAGCUCUGGCUUCUCAGCAGCCCAAGGUUGGUGAUUGCAUCUCCUACACCGAGCUUGUUCUUGACGACAAGGACACCCUCCAAGAGGUCAACCGUGAGCCUGGAACCAAUGCGUGCGGCAUGGUUGGCUGGAUCUUCAAGGCUCGUACUCCCGAGUAUCCUAGCGGCCGCCGAUUCAUUGUUGUCGCUAACGACAUUACCUACAACAUUGGUUCCUUCGGUCCUAAGGAAGACAACUUUUUCCACAAGUGCACCGAGCUGGCUCGAAAGCUUGGAAUUCCCCGCAUCUAUCUGUCUGCUAACUCUGGUGCUCGCCUGGGCCUCGCCAAUGAGUUAAUGCCUUUCUUCAAGGUUGCUUGGAAUGAUCCCGCCAAGCAAGAUGCCGGCUUCCGCUACCUGUACCUGGAUGAGAAGACCAAGGAGAACUUCAAGGAUGAGGUCAUGACCGAAGAAGUCACAGAGGAUGGUGAAAAGCGCCACAAGAUUGUCACCAUUGUCGGACGUGAGGACGGCCUUGGUGUGGAGUGUUUGAGAGGCUCUGGUCUCAUCGCUGGUGCUACUAGCCGUGCCUACAACGAUAUUUUCACCGUGACCCUGGUUACCUGCAGAUCAGUUGGUAUUGGUGCUUACCUGGUCCGUCUUGGUCAGCGUGCUGUCCAGAUUGAAGGCCAGCCCAUUAUCCUGACUGGCGCCCCCGCGUUGAACAACUUGCUCGGUCGUGAGGUGUACACUUCUAAUCUGCAGCUUGGUGGCACCCAGAUCAUGUACCGAAAUGGUGUCUCCCACAUGACUGCCAAUGAUGACUUUGCCGGUGUCUCUCGCAUUGUCGAGUGGAUGUCAUUCGUACCUGAGAAGCGUAACGGUCCCAUCCCUGUCAGCCCCAGCUCCGACUCUUGGGACCGUGACGUUGUUUACUGCCCACCACAGAAGCAGGCGUUUGACGUCCGCUGGAUGAUCUCUGGCAAGCAUGAAUCUGAUGGUGGCUUCCAGAGUGGUCUGUUUGACAAGGACUCCUUUGUUGAGACCCUUGGAGGCUGGGCCCGAACCGUUGUUGUCGGCCGUGCACGUCUUGGUGGUAUCCCAAUGGGUGUCAUUGCUGUCGAAACUCGCUCUGUCGAGAACAUUACUCCUGCCGAUCCCGCCAACCCCGACUCCAUCGAGCAGGUCAGCAACGAGGCUGGUGGUGUCUGGUACCCCAACUCAGCAUUCAAGACUGCUCAAGCCAUCAACGACUUUAACUACGGUGAACAGCUGCCGUUGAUGAUCCUGGCCAACUGGAGAGGUUUCUCUGGUGGUCAGCGAGAUAUGUACAACGAAGUCCUCAAGUAUGGUUCGUUUAUCGUCGACGCGCUCGUCAAGUAUGAACAGCCCAUCUUCGUGUACAUUCCACCUUUUGGCGAGCUCCGUGGUGGAUCCUGGGUCGUUGUUGAUCCCACCAUCAACCCCACUGCCAUGGAGAUGUACGCUGAUGUCGAGGCCCGUGGUGGUGUCCUCGAACCCGAGGGUAUCAUUGGUAUCAAGUAUCGCAAGGAGAAGCAGCUGGAGACCAUGGCUCGCAUGGAUCCCACCUAUGCUAAUCUGAAGAAGCAACUUGAUGACAAGAACUUGACUCCCGAGGAAGCUGCUGAAAUCAAGAAGAAGGUGGUGGCUCGCGAGAAGGAGCUGCUGCCCGUCUAUGCCCAGAUUGCUGUGCAGUUUGCCGACCUGCACGACCGCGCUGGACGUAUGAAGGCCAAGGGUACCAUUCGUGACUCUCUGGAAUGGGUCAAUUCUCGCCGAUACUUUUACUGGCGUUUGCGUCGCCGUCUCAACGAGGAGUAUAUCCUCCGACGCAUGGCCACGAGUGUUUUGUCGUCGUCAUCCAACGACUCAAACUCGUCUAAGGCGACGGACCUGCGAGGCCACAACCUGCACCUGCUACAGAGCUGGUCCGGCAUUGUCGGUUUCGACACCAGCGACCGAGAAGUUGCCGAGUGGUACGAGAAGGAGAGAAAGACUAUUGGAGAGAAGGUGGAUGCUCUCAAGGCAGAACACCUUGCUGCUGAGGUUGCUGAAGUUGUCCGCAGCCAGAAGACGGCUGGAUGGAAGGGUGUACGUGAGGUGCUCAGAGUCAUGCCCGUUGAGGAGCGGGACGCGAUUCUCAAGUAUCUCAAGGAAUAA